CCUGUGCGUGCAUCUCACUGCAGGUGCCCCUUGUUCCCCCUUUAAAACCGAGGCGAGAAAAGGAAAAUGCCGCUGGGGGUCCCUUUGCGGAAGUACCUAUUCAUUGUGUCAACGUCCUUCUUGUGCAUGGCCAUGGGGUCUUGCUGCGUGCACCUGGUGAUGAAGCCGGAGAUGAAGGAGCAGGACGUUUCGAAGCACUUGCAGAAUAGGAACAGCGCCAUCCAGGAGGUGCGGCGGGAGAUCCUCCGCCGGAAGACGUCCCAGGGGGGGGAGCGCUGAAGUGAAGAAGCGGUGAAGCGGCGAAGUAACGAGGCGAUGGCCCAAAAGGGACCCCCCACGAACUGAAAACAGAACAUAGUGCCC